AUGCACGACUACCGCUCGCACGCCCUCCUGCAACAACUCCCCCUCUCCGUCUCCCCCUUCAUCCACCUCCCCACAGCCGUAACGCUCCCCUACACCUUCCAGACGCUCCCCAGCACGCUCCCGCCGGCCUCCCCCUCCCCACCCAGUAUCGUCUCCCCCUCCGGCGCCAUGACCACCACCCCGCAGGCCGUCAUCCAGAGCUGCCAGAGCCUCGUCGCCCACCUGCAGGCGCAGCGCGAGAAGGCCGCCGCAGAGGUCGCCGAGUGGGAGAAGACUAUCGCGGAGAGGGAGCUGAACGAGAAGAGGAGGGUUGCGCCGGGGUACUUGGAUACCGGGAUGAGAAUGCUGGAGCCCGUGAGGAGGGGUGGUGAGCAGCAGCAGGGGGGUGAGGGGCUGAGGGGCGCGGAGGGAAGGGAGGGGGGCGAGGAGCUGGAUAGGGUGUUUGGUAGGAUGGGGGUGUAG